CCUCUCGGCGCCCAGGCAGCGCCGCCCGAGAGGGGCACGGGCGCCGGGGCGCGGGCAGGGGCAGCCGAGGAAAACAACAACAGAGCCUCACGCCGCCGGCGGCUCGAGGCCGCCCGGGGAGCCCCAAACUUCAUCGCGGCGAAAGUCACUAUCAUAUGACAAAGGCUCUGAGCAGUUCAUCUUCCUCCCUGUGUACUUUCCAUUUGCCUUUGUGGGUCACAGUAAUGAAAGGCAGUAAUAGAAAUAAAGAUCAUUCAGCAGAAGGCGAAGGGGCUGGGAAACGACCCAAACGAAAGUGUCUUCAGUGGCAUCCAUUGCUGGCAAAGAAACUUCUGGACUUUUCAGAAGAGGAGGAAGAGGAAGACGAAGAGGAGGAUAUUGACAAGGUUCACCUUCUUGGGGCUGAUGGCCUAGAGCAAGAUGUUGGUGAGACCGAAGAUGAUGAAUCUCCAGAACAGCGCGCCCGUAGACCAAUGAAUGCAUUUCUCUUAUUUUGCAAACGCCAUCGCUCCCUUGUACGUCAGGAACACCCCAGGCUUGAUAACCGAGGUGCUACCAAGAUACUAGCUGAUUGGUGGGCUGUUCUCGAUCCAAAGGAAAAGCAGAAAUACACAGACAUGGCCAAGGAGUAUAAAGAUGCAUUUAUGAAAGCAAAUCCUGGCUACAAAUGGUGUCCUACCACAAACAAGCCUGUGAAAUCCCCAACACCCACCGUCAAUCCACGAAAGAAACUAUGGGCCUUCCCAUCUGAUUCUUCAAGAGAUUUACCAAGCCCCAAGAAAGCAAAGACUGAAGAAAUGCCUCAGCUUAACUUUGGAAUGGCCGAUCCUACUCAAAUGGGAGGCCUGAGCAUGCUGCUUUUAGCUGGAGAACAUGCUCUUGGCACACCAGAGGUGUCCUCUGGUACUUGCAGGCCUGAUGUUUCAGAAUCUCCUGAAUUACGUCAGAAGUCACCAUUAUUUCAGUUUGCUGAGAUAUCUUCAAGUACAUCCCACCCCGAUGCUCCUUCAAAAGGAUGUCAAGCAUCAGCCUUGUUUCAAUUUGCAGAGAUUUCUUCGAACACUUCGCAGCUGGGUGGUGCUGAACCCCUAAAACGCUGUGGAAAAUCGGCGCUCUUUCAACUGGCGGAGAUGUGCCUGGCAUCAGAAGGGGUGAAAAUAGAAGAAUCAAAGCUAAUAAAAGCAAAAGAAUCAGAUGGUGGAAGAAUUAAAGAAUUGGAGAAGGGAAAGGAAGAAAGAGAAAUAAAAAUGGAGAAAACAGAUGAAUCCAGGUUACAGAAGGAAGCAGAGUUUGAAAAAUCAGCUAAGGAACAUGUAAGAGAUUCUAAGGAAUUAAGAAAUUUUGAGGAGGUUCAAAUGGAUGAUAUAAUGUCUCUAAAAAUGGAAGAUCCUAAAGAUAUUAAAAAGGAAGAAUUAGAGGAAGAUCAAAAAUGUAGUCACUUCCCUGAUUUUUCUUACUCUGCCAGUAGCAAGAUAAUAAUAAGCGAUGUUCCCAGCAGAAAGGAUCACAUGUGCCAUCCUCAUGGAAUUAUGAUCAUCGAGGAUCCCACAGCAUUAAACAAACCAGAAAAGCUAAAAAAGAAAAAGAAGAAAAGCAAACUGGAUCGACACGGAAAUGAUAAAUCCACACCCAAGAAGACUUGCAAAAAGAGGCAGUCCUCAGAGUCUGACAUCGAGAGUGUCAUAUACACCAUUGAAGCCGUUGCAAAGGGAGACUGGGGCAUUGAAAAGCUUGGAGAAUCCCCUCGCAAGAAGGUCCGCACAUCCUCGAGUGGCAAGGGAAGCAUUUUGGAUGCCAAGCCACCAAAGAAAAAAGUGAAAUCCAGAGAGAAGAAAAUGUCCAAGGAGAAAUCCUCAGAUAUCACCAAAGAGUCAAGACCUCCUGAUUUCAUUAGUAUUUCUGCCAGCAAGAACAUUUCUGGUGAGGUGCCAGAGGGUAUAAAAGCAGAACCAUUGACCCCCACGGAAGAUGCAUUACCGCCAAGCCUAUCGGGACAGGCCAAGCCUGAGGACAGUGACUGUCACAGAAAAAUAGAGACUUGUGGCUCCCGGAAAUCCGAGAGGUCUUGCAAAGGUGCUCUUUAUAAAACCCUGGUGUCUGAGGGCAUGCUCACCUCUCUGCGAGCUAAUGUUGACAGAGGGAAACGAAGCUCAGGAAAAGGAAACUCCUCCGAUCAUGAAGGGUGUUGGAAUGAGGAAAGCUGGACGUUUAACCAGAGUGGGACCAGUGGGAGCAAGAAGUUCAAGAAGACAAAGCCGAGGGAAGACUCUCUCCUCGGCUCAGCAAAGCUGGAUGAAGAAUUUGAAAAAAAAUUCAACAGCCUCCCUCAGUAUAGUCCUGUUACAUUUGACCGGAAGUGUGUCCCUGUCCCGAGAAAAAAGAAGAAGACUGGAAGCGUGUCCUCAGAGCCUACGAAAACCAGCAAAGGUCCUUUCCAGUCUCAGAAAAAGAACUUAUUCCACAAAAUUGUCAGCAAAUAUAAGCACAAAAAGGAGAAGCCUAAUGUUCCGGAAAAAGGAAGUGGGGAUAAAUGGUCACACAAGCACCUCUUCUUGGAUGCCAUUCACCCUGCAGAAGCCAUAUUUUCAGAAGACAAAAACACCACAGAGCCUGCUCAUAAGGUUAAAAAUGUCCCAUCCAUUCCCAACACUCCAGAGCCAACAACAACGCAAGAACCCUUGGUGGGCAGCCAAAAGAGAAAGGCAAGGAAAACCAAGAUCACACACCUUGUCAGGACAGCCGAUGGCCGGGUGUCACCAGCAGGAGGUACUUUGGAUGACAAACCAAAGGAGCAGCUGCAGAGGAGUCUCCCUAAAGUCACCGAGACGGGCUGCCCUGAUGAAUGCUCACACCACCCCGAGGCCGCCGAGACGCGGAGCAGCACUCCCGAGAUGCCGGCCGUGUCUGCGUUCUUCAGCCUCGCCGCGCUGGCUGAGGUGGCCGCCAUGGAGAAUGUGCACAGAGGUCAGAGGUCAACUCCGCUCACCCAUGAUGGACAGCCAAAGGAAAUGCCACAGGCUCCCGUACUUAUUUCCUGCGCUGACCAGUGAAGCGCCCUUUCCUUGUAAAACAUUGUGCUUUACCUACUCCCCAGCCUUGUCUUUCCCGAGGGAUGCUAGUGAGUCCAUG